AGGUUCAACUUGAAGCUUUGCUUUGCACCUGGAUUCGUGUGCUAAUGUUUGCUGCAAAUUGCGAUUGCGAAAGAGAGUUUUUUUUGCAUCAUUGUAGGACUAACCACUUCCUUGAUGAGCUGUGUUUAUUUGUAGUGUUUUUCUGGAAAUUGGAAAUCGAAUCUAGAUUUUGAUUCUUGAAAGCUUUCGCGAUGGACUAGCUCUCAGGAUUCAAAAGCUGCAUAUGUCAGACAGUUACUCGCACACCAUAAGAUGCGAGCAAAGGGUUGAUUUUGAUUCUUGCCAAAUGGAAAAAAAGUAUGAAUACCCCGCCACUGUAACCACAGUGAGGUUCUUCGCGAAGGCUAGGAGACGCGCUUCAGCUUUCGUCCGGCAAGCAGCUCAACUGAACAUAUCAUGUAAAGCCACUGGCUCGUUUACUUUUCCCGUGCGGUCCCUUUUUCUUCUCCUCCACAUGAAAGCGGUCCUGCUGCUUUUGAUUCGCGUUCUCACGGACGAUAGUGACUGCAUUGCCCUUGUACCCGAGCAGCUGCAGAUUCACACGGACGAGGAGGUCCGGCGCACGACGACCAGUACAACUUUUUAUGCCACUGCGAUCCGGCUAUCAAAAGCAAACCGCGCGUUCUACGAGCCGGUUGCAAGCCAGUUUGGCGGGUCGAGCUCCAGUUCUCAUUGGGAACACCGGCCUGGGGAAGGAGAAGACAAACCUCGCGUCACCCGGACGAGAGGAGAUGCGGACGCUGCGGCUGGCGGUCUGAGGUUACCGUGUAUAAUUUUACCCUCUCCAUCUUUGCAGGAGCGCGGUGGGCGGACGGCACCGACGACGAAGUCUUCCGUCUCUGUCCCGCCGCGAUGCGAAGAGGCGGACGGAGCUAGUGCGGGAGCGUCAGUGCCUGUGCGUUCUAGAGCGUACAAUUCAGACCCUUUUCCAGCGAGCCAGUUGUAGCAAGGUCUUGUUACUGAGAAGUUUCAGUUUGCUACAUGGCGUACAUUCGACGGGAAGAUGAGCAAAAUUCAAAUGCUACACCUACCCUGCAGAAGCCGAACGCAGCAGGCAUGGUAGGAGACUGCCACUGCUUAUCUAACAUUCAUGGCGUCAUCCAUACCGUGAUUAAUGUUAAAGUUAAUCUGUGCACAUGACUGUAGAAAUCCGUGCGAGACCGCUCAUUCAGAGCAAAUAAAAAAGCCCGC